AAGACGUGCUACUUUUACAAGCCGUGUGCUUACUUGGAUUUCGUCGACUCGUGCAGUAAGAUUCCAUUCUGGGUGUACAAGAAACCUGACCCGUGUGGUGCUGGAGCCGUAUUCAAUGCAACGCUUGUCGCGUGCAUUUGUAAACCAGGAUGGACAGGCUUCGACUGCAGCACGGCGCCAACCAGUUGCAAUGACCUCUUGACCCCCAAACAAUAUCCCGUGGGGUAUUACUGGGUGGACAUUAAGAACAACGAUGGGACAAUAUCCAUAUUAUACUGUGAAGUUAUCAUAACUGGCUACAGAUAUCACGUGUUUCGUAACAAUGGACUUGUCUCUCAUAACAAAACAUAUGCUGACUACGUUAAAGGAUACAAAAUCGACGAAAGCAACUUCUGGAUAGGGCUGAAUAACAUUUACAGAUAUUCCUUAAUUUACCGAAACCUUCAAUUUAAGAUGGAUGCUGUUUUAGAAAAUGAUGUAGUAAUGGCAUAUUGGCAAAAUACAGGUGUUAGAACUGAUGGUCCCACGAACUUGUACAACCUAAAUUUUUCGGGGACAUUUAGUUCAUUUUCUGCGCCUGUGUACUCUGUCUCCAUUACCAACUGUCUGUUCAGUGGCCUGACGCCGUUUUCUACCUGGGAUAACGACCACGAUGGUUCUCCGUCAAAUCUAGCAGCUCAGGCAGGGUCCGGCUGGUACUUCGGGUCCUCGUUGUCUUGUAACCCUCUAGGUCAGCUG